CUUGCCCAAUCGAGCGUGUUUUCUCAGUGGAGUGGCGUCCCAAUUUUCAGAGACACUCACAGAGCCAUCAGAGAUUGGGUGUGCGCUUUGGAGAGCGUAUCCGAUGGUGAAGUGUCGCGGGCAAAAAUAGCCACUGUGUGUGGAAUUGCUCAAGUGUGGCGGAAAAGUGCGUUUUUGGGGUAAAAAUAAUCUCUCCUGUCCAGAGAGGCAGGGAAGAGCUGCUGCGGGCGGACGGGGAGGGGAGAGGAAAAAAUUUUCCUCAAGUGGGUGUGUGCCCGAAAUUCAUCACGGCGAGAGUCUUGCGUUGUGGCAACUUUUUCAGUGCAGUGGGUGGCUUCAGUGGAGUCUGCAUGGGCAGCCCGUGAAGUGUGUGUGUGAUGUGAAGGACUCCGGAGUGCAGUGGCAACAUCUGGCUGACGGGACAAAUGUGAGGAGUGGCCUUUUCUCGUGUCUUCGCCCCGUCAUGAGGCGCAGCUAUAAGAGAAGACUUACCUGGCUGCCGAUCCCCUGAGCGGCUGCCUCUUCCUUUUGCUCUUGUGCGUGUGUCACCUACUUCUUCCGUGGGGAUGGCUCCACCAGCGCCCCAGGGAGCAUCUUAGUGCCGCGGCGAGACCUCGAGGAAGUGCGUGACCAUCCCUGAAAAAAAAACGCCACACCGCAACUCCUCAGCAUCUCUGCAGAUUUCUCCACAAAUGAUUUAUCUCUUCACGUUGCUGCUUCUGGGCACGAGGACGUAUGCUAUAGCGGACGAUCAGUUGCCGACAGAAUGGCCAGACUACGGGCGUCAAGUGAGACCUCUGAACACUGGCGCUGCACGCCAAAUGUACGGCUCGGGAUCUCUGCGUCCGGCGGGUCCUCUGCCCACGCCGCGUCGCAAGGAACCUGACGACGGCAGUCUUCAGCCAUCCCGGCUGGCUCACGGAGUCCUCGUGACGAAGCCUCACUCGCCGCCCAGCAACUCGGAUCAGCCCAAUGAGGCUAACGCCCGAAGCAUGGGCGCUCCUCGGUCCUACCCGAAUGUGGAUUUGUAUGGCAUGCGGGACUUUGGGCAGCGCCGAGGAGACGAGGGACGGUCGAGCUUUGGCCACCAUCCAGGCGAGACUCACGAGUAUGUGCCUCAAGUGGGGCACUUCAGUAUCCAACAUGACGAUGACGAUAUUAUGAAGAAUGGCGGCGGAGGUGACGAAGGUGGCACUGAGUGCAAUCUGCAGUGCGAGGAGUGGGAGUUUCCGUGCUCAGAGAGCUGCUCGUGCAUCCACAAGGACGGGAGAUGUGACGGGACGGCGGACUGUGAGGAUCAGGAGGAUGAAAUGGAGUGUGAGGACAUCAGCGAGGAGAUCGUCAAGAACAUCAGGACAAAGUGUGAAUCCACUGGGCUGCACAUAAUGUGCCCAAGAACCUAUCGCUGCAUCAACAAGGGGUGGCUCUGCGACGGCGACAACGACUGUGGCGACUACUCGGACGAGACACACUGCGGCGCCAGGCACAACUGCUCUGAUGACCAGUUUGAGUGCCUGAACGGACUCUGCAUUCAGCAGACGUGGAUGUGCGACGGCGAGAACGACUGCAAGGACUACUCGGAUGAGAUCAACUGCACGCGCCUGGCCUGCUCUCCACAAGAGUUUCAGUGUGCCGACGGGGCGUGUGUCUCACAAUCCUUCCGCUGUGACUCCGACGUGGAUUGUGCCGAUGCCAGUGACGAGGUGGCCUGCGAGUCUCCCAUGGCGCUCUGUCCCGAGGGAGAGUUUCGCUGUCGCGGAGCCUCAGGCAGCCUCGGCAACACAGGCGGACGUUGCAUCCAACAGCGCUUCCGCUGCGACGGUGACAACGACUGCGGCGACUGGAGUGACGAGGAGGGAUGCCCACGGAAGGUGGUCAGCUGCGGAGCCAAUGAGUUCAAGUGCGACGACGGAACGUGCAUCCCUGAUCGCUGGAGAUGCGACGGGGAGCAGGAUUGCGACAGUGGUGAGGAUGAGAAGAAGUGCUCAGAUGGCUCCAAAGAUGCUCACAGAACGUGCGCCGGAGACGAACACACCUGUCGCGAUGGCAGAUGCAUCCUCAAAUCCUGGCUCUGUGACGGCAUUGCGGAUUGCAAGCGUGGCGAGGAUGAACUCGACUGCGAGAUUCACUGCGAAAUCGGUCAAUUCUCCUGUCCAGCACACAGGAACUCCUCAAAUAUCAAAAUUUGCGUGAAUCAGAAGCACAUCUGCGAUGGCCAGAAUGACUGUCCAGGAGCUGAAGAUGAACAGAACUGCCCCAAGACCCGCACUUGUGGUCCCAAUUCAAAGUGCGAGCAAGUGUGCAUCACAACAUCCACUGGACGUGAUGAGUGCGCUUGCAGAGUGGGCUUUAUCCUCCAUGCCAAUGGAUACAACUGCUCCGACAUUGACGAGUGCCAAUUUUCAUCGGAUCCAGUCUGUUCUCAAAAUUGCAUCAACACUUACGGCUCCUUCAUGUGCUCCUGCGUCUCUGGCUACGUCCUUCGUCCUGACUUGAGAACCUGCAAGGCGCUCGGUUCCUCCAUGAAACUCAUCAUGGCCAAUCGUGCGGACUUGCGACAGAUUUCUCUGAAUAAGAAGUACACUUCGCUCAUCAAGGGACUCCACAAUGCCAUUGCCGUGGACUUUCACUACGCUCGCGGACUCAUAUUCUGGACAGAUGUCUCCACGGAUGUCAUCAAGAGGGCAUACAUCAAUGGAACGGGGAUUCGCGAUGUGAUCAAGUGGGGUUUGGAGUCUCCUGGCGGAUUGGCCGUUGACUGGAUUCACGAUUUGAUUUUCUUUACGGAUUCUGGCACCAGAAGAGUGGAAGUGACGACAUUUGAUGGCUCCCUGAGGGCAGUGAUUGCGGCUAAUGACCUGGACAAGCCCAGAGCAAUUGUUGUUCAUCCAGGAGAGAUUCUGCUCUUCUGGUCAGAUUGGGGACCCAAUCCCAAAAUUGAGCGCUCCUUCCUCGACGGCUCUGGGCGACAGACCAUCAUCACUGAGGGCGUGUUCUGGCCAAAUGGACUCGCCCUUGAUUAUACAACUGACAGGAUUUACUGGGCAGAUGCCAAGCAUCACGUGAUCGAGAGCGCCAGAUACGAUGGCAGUGAUAGGAAGAAGAUCCUCAGCAAUCACUUGCCGCAUCCCUUCGCUUUGACGAUCUUCGAGGACUCCAUGUUCUGGACUGAUUGGCACACAAAGAGCAUCAGCACGGCGAAUAAGAUCACCGGAAAGGGCUUCAGAACAGUUCAUGAGGGUCUUCAUUUUCCCAUGGAUUUGCACAGCUUCCAUCCAGCUCGACAGCCAGACUACAAGAGCCGAUGCCAGUUGGACAAGAGAGGUCUCAAGGGCGGAUGCAGUCAUCUUUGCCUUCCCAACAAGUUUAGUCGCAGAUGCUCCUGCCCGAUUGGUUUGACACUGAAGGAAGAUCAAAGAACUUGCACUUCUGUGCCAGACAAACUGCUCCUCAUUGCGCGAAAGAAGGACAUCAGACUGCGGCAAUUGGAGCCCAGAAAUGCCUCCAUUGAAGUGGAUAUGGUGGUUCCUCUGGAUGGACUCAAGUCCGCUGUGGCUCUCGAGUGGUGCAGCUCUUCGGAUUAUAUUUACUGGACAGAUGUUGGACGUGGAAGUAUCAGCCGAGCUUUUCUCAAUGGCAGCAAUCAAGCUACAAUAAUCUCCACGAAUCUCGUGGCUCCUGCCGGAAUUGCCAUUGACUGGAUCACCGAUAAGAUCUACUUCACGGACUCAGGAACAAAUCGCAUUGAAGUGGCUUCUGGUGAUGGGAAGAAACGAUCGCUACUCAUCUGGCAGGGCCUGGACAAGCCUAGAGACAUCGUGGUGGAUCCCAUCAAUGCGAAAAUGAUGUUUUGGUCGGACUGGGGAAAGACGCCGCAGAUAGAAAAGGCAGGGAUGGAUGGCAUUGGCCGCGAGAGUCUGGUUACCAGUGGUCUUCUCUGGCCCAAUGGAUUGUCUGUGGAGCACAAUCGACUGUAUUUCGUUGACGGCGGGACAAAAAUCCUGGAGUUCAUCAACUUUGACGGAAGUGGCCGAAAGACCCUUAUAAAUUCAGGGUUACUGCAUCCUUUCGGACUGGACAUCAUGGGCAAUCGCGUGUAUUGGAGCGACUGGGAGACUUUCAGUGUUGAGUCUGCAGAUAAGCGAACGGGAAAGGAUCUCAAGAGGAUCAUUAGUAACACCAGCGACUUGAUGGACAUCAGGAUCUUCCACAGGAACAGGGACACAAUCUAUAGUCCUUGUGGAAUUGACAAUGGCGGUUGUAGUCAUCUUUGUCUCCUGAACCCAUCAGCUAACGGAUAUUCUUGCGCUUGCCCAAUUGGUGUCAAGUUGACGAGGGACAAUCGGACUUGCAGCGAAGCUCCCACUAACUUUGUCAUCUUCGCCCAUCGCAUUGACAUUCGGCAAAUUUCUCUGGACAUGGAUUAUCAAAUUGACGUGGUUCUGCCGAUUCCUGGCCUCACCAAUGUUGUGGCAAUUGAUGUUGAUCGCAAAACAGGCUAUAUCUACUGGUCGGACACUGUGGAGGAUUGCAUCAUCCGCUCGUCUGUGGACGGAAUGGAGGUUGAGCACAUCAUUGAUGAUAGCAUCGAUAGUGUGGAUGGUCUGGCUAUUGACUCAAUUGGCAGGAAGAUCUACUGGACAGACUCUGGGCGGCACACGAUUGAAGUCAGUGAACUGAAUGGAAGUAACAGAGCCGUGCUUGUGUGGAAGGAUCUCGAGUCGCCUCGCGGAUUGGCCAUCAACUAUGAGAGCGGUCUCAUGUUCUGGUCAGAUUUUGGGUCAAUUCCGCGAAUUGAAAGGGCCGAGAUGGACGGUGAGCGUCGAGUGAAGAUCAUAGAGUCCAAGAUCGGAUGGCCAAAUGCACUUUCAAUUGACGAGCCCGAGAAGAGGAUCUACUGGACAGAUGCGCAAUACAAUUGCAUUGAAUCGGCUGACUUUGAUGGCAAUUACCGAAAGGUGUUGAUUUCCGAUUUGCCCCAUCCUUAUGGCGUUGCUGUGUCAGAGAGUGAGAUUUACUGGACAGAUUGGAAGAGUCAGGCGCUGCAUGUCACGCCCAAGAUCAGCGUCAAUUCCAGCAGGACUCUUCUUGAGAAACUCGAGGGAUUGAUGGAUGUGAAGAUCAUCAAGCAGGAAGUGGAUGUGUCCAAGAACACUUGUGGUGAAUUCAAUGGCAACUGCAGUCAUCUUUGUCUCCGAAAUGCCGCCUCCUUUACCUGCAAAUGUCCCACAGGACUCAAUAUGAAGGCAGGAAGUGACAAAGAGUGCGAAACUCUUCCGCAAUCAUAUCUCAUAAUCGCUUCAAGGAACGGCAUUGGCCAAAUAUCUCUGGAAUCCUCAGACUUCUUUGACGUCAUGUUGCCCAUCGAAGGCGUCCACGGCGGAGUGGCUCUGGAUUAUCACUACAACGAGUCCAAGCUCUUCUACGCUGACGUCAACAUCGAUGUGAUCAAGUCGGUGAAUCUGGAGAAUCCCUCAGAGACCAGAACAAUCGUGACAGGGCUCAACAUUCCCAAUGGAUUGGCAGUUGAUUGGGUGGCGAACAACAUUUUCUGGACAGACACUGGACUGAAGGUGCUGGAAGUGGCCAAGCUCGAUGGAUCCUUCAGGAAGAUCAUUCUCAAGGAGGAUCUGAAUGAUCCGAGAGCAAUGAUUGUCUAUCCCAAGUACGGGUACAUUUUCUUCGCUGACUGGGGCACAAAGCCUGGCCAUCCGUCAAAGAUUGAACGCUGCUACAUGGACGGCACCUCGAGGAGAAACAUCAUCGACUCAAAUCUGGGAUUUCCCAAUGGACUUGCACUGGAUUUCAAGAAAAACAAGAUUUUCUGGGCUGAUGCUCUUGAGGACAAGAUUGAAUCUGCUGAUCUGGACGGCAAGAAUCGCCACGUGGUUGUUCAUCACUCAGUUCAUCCCUUCGGCGUGACUCUGUACGAUUCUUUCGUGUACUACACGGAUUGGUACAACAAGAGCGUCUUCCGGGCCUCAAUGGUGACCACCAACCCGGCCGCUGAGGAAAUUCGCCAUGGUCUUCCCGGAGCUCUGGAGAUUCGCUCUGUGGCGCCAUCGCGUCAGCCCAAUGACUACUCGCCCUGUGGCAACCAGAACGGCGGCUGCACGCAUCUCUGUCUCUUCCGGGAGAAGUCUUACGUGUGCGCCUGUCCGGACAGGAUGCAGGGCGAGUGCAAGACUGAACCCCUCUUCCUUGUGCCGCUGCGACGCCCCGGGGAUCCUGAAGAGCCCCCGCCUGAGGGUGGCUAUGAUGACAACAAGGGCUACGGGAUGUUUGUGGUGAAGGACAGCCACGCUCAGGCUGUGAUCAUCGCCACGGCCGUUCUUACGGUGAUCCUCGUGAUUGUCAUCAUCGCCAUUCUGGUGCUGGUCUUCAACAGCCGACGUAAAACUGAGAAUCGCGCAAGCAACAACGGCAACAGAUUCAUGCUCACAUUCACGAAUCCCAACUACAAUGGCACGGAUGGGCAGCACAACGGGGAAUCCUCUGUGGAAUCUUCGGCGGGCUCAUCCAAGAGGAUUUGGAAGAGACUGAAAUACGACAGAUCAACGGAACAAGUUUACGAGGAGAAAUGCCUUGGUAAUCCAGAAGCUCCCAACACUUUGAUGCCGUCAUCACUCAAUAAUUACUAAGAAAUUGCUAAGAACAAACACUGAAAUUGAAAAACAGGUUGUUGACUUUCAUAUGAUGUGAAAAAUCCAAUUAAAGAAACACUUUGCACGCUUGAAUGAAGAAAACAAGGGAAAUAGACGUAAAGAAUUAUGUUAAAAAAAAAUUACAUGUCCUAAGUGAAAAAAAAAACAUUUAUUAAAUGGAAAACAAUAACUUGACGAGACUUAAUUGUUAAAUUUUAGAGAUAUUUAAAAAUAUUACUUUAAAUAGUAAUUGAUGAACAAAAUUAUUAUGAAAUGCACGGUUCCCGGACACCUAAAUAGAGAAGAAGAAAACAAGACAAAGAAGAGAAGAAUAACAGAGGAGAAAUCCUUAUUCCCAGAUGAAUUAAAAUUAAACUUCUGUGUAAAGAAAAAAAGAAUCUAAGGAAUGGUAUAAAUUUUUGAAAUACAUAUUAAUUAAAUGGCGUCAUCUUUUUCAUACAGGAAGACAUUUAGAAUGAUAUCGCGCUCUUGUGUUUGGAGGGAUUUCAAUUUUCCGAGAAGGAUGAAAACAAAGUGUUGUAUAAAAUAGUUCUUGAGAGAAAUGCAUGGAAAUAAAAUGUGAAGAGAAACUAUUCCAAGAAGUUCAUAAAUACUAAAUAAAUGACAUAUUUUAUAAUAAAAGAAAACGAAUGCAUAAAGAUUGUAAAAGUUAAUCCUAUUAUGAAAUGGAAAGAAUCUAAAACAUUUCUUUUUGUCUGACAUUUAGAGCAGAAUUUAUUGAUUUGCCAAUCCUUCCAGGUAUUCCAAUUCUUUAUCUCUAUCUUCUUUCAUAUUCUGCAAAAUAAUGAUCAGACAACUGUGAGAAUUAUGUGCCAAAAAAAUCGUAGUGAGAAAGAAAACAUGCGAAAGGAGAUGAAAAUAUAGUGAAGAAUGAUACAAUUUCAAUAUUAUCCAUAUUGAUUUGCAAAAAUGCCUCCAUCAAGUGAGUGAUUCUAUAAAUUCCAGAUGUUGGCUCGUCUGGGCUUUGCUAGAAUCCAAGUCAUUGAUCGUGGAGAGAAAUUUAAUUGCUCGAAUUACAAUUAUACUUUGAAUGAAAAAGUUUUUCCAGAGACAAAAAAUAAGCACAUAUAGUGCGCGUUUUAGUGCAAAAAUAUAUGUCUUAUGGACAAAGUUCAACUGAGUUCUGGUUUUUAAUCGCGAAAUACGGGUUUGUGGGACGGAGAAAUUGGCGGAAUUGUAGGUGAGAGAAUCCUAAAGAUAUGUGAACCCUUACAAUACACUUCAAUGAUCUUCUCCGCAGUGCUGAAAAUAGUGAAACACAGAAAGCAUACGAUUGAAGAUAAGAAUUUUCCACUAGAUUAAGCAUUAGAGAGAAAGAGAGAGAGAAAGAGGGAGAUGAUAAAUUAUUUUUGUAUUUUUUGCACGCUAAAGGCAUUAAUUUAACAAAAUCAAGGUAUUUGACAACCUUAUUGCUAGACGAAGGGUAAUUGAGUAGGAGAAGCAUAACAUGAGAAACGAAAAGAACUCAGUGCGAUGCAUUGUAAGGGUUUUGGGAAAAGUUUAUACCUCAGAAUGAGAUGAAGAAUAGGAAACAUUUUUAACAAUUACAUAUUCUUUAUAAUAUUCUUUUUCUCAAAAACGAAUGAAACACUCAUAACCUAAGAAAUGAAUACCCAAAAAUUACAUGGGAAAACAAUAUGACUUCGAACGAGAGACUUCCAAGAAAUAAUAUCUAAUUUAUUUUAUAUAUAAUAACAUUGUAAUAAUUGACGAAAGUGGCGCCAAAGAGCGAAGAUUGCAUGAGAGAAAGAGUGAGUAUUAUAAUGUUACAUUAUAUAAAGGUGACACAUAAUAAUUUUAACAUGGAGUAAAGUGAAAAAAAAACUUUUACGCGAAUCGAGGAUGAUGAGACGGAGGAAACGCAGAUCCAUUUACAAAAAGGGAUAUAAAAAAAAAUGAUUUGAGAAAUUAAAUGACAAAAUGUGUAAAGCCUCCGACACAUUUUAUUAUUAUAUUUAUUGUAUGAUGAAAUUGAAUAAAUAAAUGUAUAAAUGUUGAAAAUU